CUGCAUGCUUCCAACACACACACACACACACACACACACACAGAGUUCUCAAAAAGGAGCAGUAGGAUGGAGUACCGUUUGCCGCGCCUGUAGCAAAUUUUUAUAUGUGCACUUAGAGACGUAUUUUGUCCAAACCUAACGAAUUUAAAUACACUUCCGGUUGUGUGUUUGUGGGAAUUUCGGAUUUGGGAGCACGGAAUACCCUCCGUGAGACCGGCGGAAUCCAUAGCAGUAACACUUGGAAAGUGGACCUCUUCCUGCCAGAGGCACCAUAAACACCACACUGACAGGAAGAGAGAGAGAGUGUGUUUGAGAGACAGUCAGUGCCUGUGUGUGUGUGAAAAAGAGGGAGGGAUGUAUGGCACAGUCAUACUCUCUUCUUUUCUUUUCUCCCUCCAUGCAAGUUGCACUCCACAGUUCCACGGUCAUCAUGGGUAUCCAGCAUUUUUAAUUAUUAUGGAGGAGAGUAUGUGUUGGGAAAGCCGACAGAGUAGUGUCCAGAACAGAAUCCUUCCUCCAGCCUGUACACAAACCGUACCUCACCAUGUGUCUAAACCAACGCGUCUGUAGCACAUACAAGACAGUGUAUAAAGUCUCCUACAGACAGGUGAGCCGGACAGAGCGGAGCCCUCACGUGUACUCAGAAUGCUGUCCAGGAUGGCGACGUGUUCACUCAGUCAGCUGUAAUCACGCGUUGUGUGUGCAGGCAUGUCUUAAUGGUGGAUCCUGCACGAGGCCAAAUCACUGUGCCUGUGCCUUUGGCUGGACGGGACGCUACUGCCAGAUAGAUGUGGAUGAGUGCAAGGGAGCACAUGGUUGCAGUCAUCAUUGCAUUAACUCUGCAGGAAGUUAUCAUUGUGUGUGCGCUGAUGGAUUCCGUCUGGCUGAAGACAGACGAUCUUGCGUAAGCCUUUGUGCUCUUCCUCUUCAUCCUACAGCAGCCAGCCAUCCCGAAGCAGACAAUCAUCUAUCUACACAUAACAGCAGAGGUGGAGAUGUGGGACUGGUGGCAAAUGUUUCAGAAGAGGUCCAGAUCCUCAGGAAUAGAGUACAGCUGCUGGAACAGAAACUGGAGAUGGUUCUCGCACCGUUCUCCACUUUCUUUUUGUCAGAGGAGGACAUGGCCAACAGCAAUGGCUUCCUGUUAGACAGGACUGAUUUCCUGUCAGACCAGACUAACUUCCUGUCACACUCGCUGCGGCAGCUGGACAGAAUAGACUCCCUCAGCGAACAGGUCAGCUUCCUGGAGGAACGCCUUGGAUCAUGCUCUUGCCAAGAAAACUAGAUGAUCAACAAACACAAGGUACACCUGCAAAAUGCAACCGGAACACAGCCUGCCUUCAACUCCAGGAGAAAGAACAGCCCCGGAAUCUGCACUACAGUCGUCACUCUACGACUUCGUCAUGUUUAACAGACCAUCAGCAAACCAGUAGACACUGUAAGGUCAAUAGUAUGUGGACACCUGACCAUCACAACCGAGCAUGCGAGCGAGGCAAGCGGUGCGACACUCCAGCGAGCAGAGCAGAAUCUCGAGCCAGGCUGACGAAUAUAACUGAGUGAUAAAUCUGUGAUCUUACUUGCAGCCAGCGCAGUUGUCAGAAGAACUGAGAAUCCAGCAGUGUGGUGAUAUGAAGUAUGCACGCGGUCUCUCAUGGCUAAACGGCCCUAUUAGUACCUCUGUGAGAGAGGUAAUUCCUGCAAAGACAAAAACACUCAUGAUUCAACACGUGCGCGUUUCUAUCGGCGACAAAUUUUCGGCAAUUUUUGACAUUUUUAUACUCGGCGUUCUCUUAUUUGUUCGUGUGACCACACAGCUGUAUUAUGUGGAAUGAAUUUCUAUUCAGUUUUCUAUUGCUUAGACUAGAAGGAUGAAGUGCUUCGUGUAGAUCAGUGUCGGCAGCAUCAAUAACGGCAUGCUUAUUCAUUUAUCACUGUAAUUCCUCAUCAGCUUUUAUCCCGCAGCCAUUCGUAAUAAAGCCCGUUGCGGUGUGGAUUAUUUCUAUGUAAUGAUAUUUUACCACUCUUCAGACAGAAAAGCACAAAUUCAGCGCAAUGCAAUGAAAUGCAACAAAAAAAACAAGUCUAUUCCCAUUUGGAAAAAAACAAGGAUUAGAUUUUUUAAAAUCUGAGGUAUUUUACACAGAUCCACUGGACCUUUGUGUAUAAUCUUAAUGUAAUCAGAUUCUACACUGGGCUUUCACACUGAACAUUUUGUGAAUUUGUAAUACAUAUUCAUCAAAACAGACCCGACCGGAUCAUAGACACAAAGUGAAGAUGUCGCACAGACACACGCAAUAAACAGCAUUUACAACGAUCGCCAGUUUUUAACCAGUAUCAGUUAACCAGUUCUCUUAAUAAAGGGCUCAGCGAGUGUAUGUGGUCACCUGACAUUACACCCAGAUCACUGUUUGAUGUUGAACAUCCCAUUACUGAGUUGGACCACCCCCCUUCUCCUUCCCCCUCCUCCUCCCCCAAUGCUGUUAUAAUAACGUCCUCUUUCCUGGGAAAGCAUUCCACUACAUUUUGGAGCGUGGGUGUGGGGAUUUAUCCAUUCUGCCACAAGAGCAUUAGUGAGGUCAGGCACUGAUGUCGGGUAAGGAGACCUGGUCUGCAAUUUGCAUUCCAAUUCGUCCCAGUGAAGUUAAGGUGAGGGCUACGUGUAGGCCACUCGAAACGUGGCAAACCAUGUCUUUAUGGAGCUGGCUUUGUGCGUCAGAGUACUGUCAUACUGGAACAUCUUUGGGCCCCUUAGUUCCGGUGAAGGGAAACUGUAAAGCUACAGCAUACAAAGACAUUCUAGACAACUGUGUGAGGAAGGCCCACACGUGGCUGUAAGGGUCAUGAGUCCACAUACUUUUGGCCAUAUAACGCCUGUUAAAAGUAUUUGAGAUCGUUUGAUUCCUGCUUUUUUUUUAGUUCCAGUAGCAAAUGAGAUUUGUGGAUCACAGCUGCACUGGCAGAGGAUGUGGGAAAGAACAAAAAAACCUGAACAACUGCUUAGCGUUCCAAAUGAAAUAAAUAUUUAUUUCAACCCAAAUGAAAUGGAAAAACAGGUAUGGAAAUGCCUAGUUUCAACAACAACAAUAAGCACAGUUAAAAUGUCAAGCAAAUAUUUCAACAAGAAGAGAUAAACAAGGAACAACUUCAAAUCUUUUUUCCCCCCGUGGUUUUCAGAAUGUUGACCGUUCAGCUUCGUUUCCCAAAAAUGCUUCCAAAAAUAACUGACACCUUUUUUAAAAUCAUAUCAUGUCCCCAGUCCAAACCGAAUAAGUCAGUUUAGUAAGGUACGCUUUAAAUUUGGUUAUUCGUGACCCGCAUUCUCACGCGAGAUGAACUAGACCAGUAUUCGACCUUCAAGACUUUCAUCCGUCACUGAUCACGAAUCGACUCGCAGUGCUGUGACUGCUAGCUGAGAAACCUCACACACGCCACAGAAACAGUUUAGAGCGUUUGUUUUGGUACCAGUAUGAUAAAUGUCAUUUUUUAAAAAUUACAAUUCUGAAUAAACAAUUAGUAACUAAAAGGUUAUUUAAAAAACACUAUUAUUUUCAUAGCCGGUAGCAUAUUAAUUUAGCAGUAUUAAACAUGAAUACCAAAGGUUUUGUAAUUAUCCAGACAUGUAGUACAGAUCAGGCCAGAAACUUGAUCUAGCAUAUGCAUGCAUGUAGAUAGCACGUGUGUGUGGCGCUAAUCAAGUGUCUCGGAACGACUUGUGUACGAGUUCAGUGUGCCGGAUCGGACGCGCCGUUAGGGAACCGGUCCUGAAAUGUUACUUUGAAAUGCAACAAACAGCCCAAAUCUGUUUCCACUCCAGGUGAAUAAAAAAUAGCCAGAUGUGGAGGAUACUGUUUAAUCUGGCAACACUGAAUAAGUUUAUGACACAGAUUAAGGGCAUGACGGUAAAGCAACCAGCACCAGAAACGGCUAUUUCUAAUUCACAAGCAAAAUAAAUUAUUAAAUACUACAUUUUAAUAGGCUGUAUUUCAUUUCCUUUUUUUUCCAGGAGCCAAUAUCCAUAGUACAAUCCAACACUGCAGUUCAUGUAAAUUACCUUUGACAUUUAAAGCUAAAGAGGUACCUUUUUCCAAAACAAGGAACAAAAGGUAAAAAGGCAAAAAGGCUGAAAUACAAAAAUAAAUAAAGCUAAGCAACAGAAAGGCUUCGUUUUUUGUCUUGUUUUUUUAAGUGCAAACUCCAAUGAAGAGGCUUAUUAAGGGAAAACAGUUAGCAGUACUGCAUAAAAUCAAGUGAAAAAUUCCUCCCGAUCUGCCACCGUCUGCUUUAUGGGGUAGGAUUGGAAUGGUAGAAGUUUGUCACUGGUGGUAGUUACAUUUAAGGUACACUUUUAAUUGGCUGG